AUCUCAAGUGGAGUUAUGAUGUGUUUUUGAGUUUUAGAGGAGAGGAUACUCGAUCCAAUUUCACGAGUCAUCUUGAUAUGGCCUUGCGGCAAAAGGGAGUCAAUGUCUUUAUUGAUGACAAGCUCAGCAGGGGUGAACAAAUUUCUGAAUCUCUUUUCCGAUCUAUAGAGGAAGCUUUGAUUUCUAUUGUUAUAUUCUCGGAAAAUUAUGCAUCUUCUUCCUGGUGUUUGGAUGAAUUGGUGAAAAUAAUAGAAUGUAAGAAAUCCAAGGGCCAAAUAGUUUGGCCAAUUUUCUAUAAGGUGAAUCCAUCCGAUAUACGAAAACAAACAGAAAGUUUUGGAGAAGCAUUAGCCACCCAUCAAGCUAAGUUCAAGACAAAAAUCCAAAUUUGGAGGGAAACUUUAACUACUGCAGCCAACUUGUCCGGUUGGGAUCUCGGAACUAGGAAGGAGGCUGAUCUUAUUCAAGACCUUGUUAAAGAAGUAUUGUCGAUAUUAAAUCUUAUUUGCACACCCUUAUAUGUAGCAAAGUAUCCGGUUGGUAUUGAUUAUCAACUAGAAACUUUAAGGCUACACUCCCAUUAUUGGACGGAAGAUGAGCCUAGUAUUAGUGUUUACAUGGUGGGAAUAUAUGGGAUUGGAGGCAUUGGUAAGACAACUUUCGCCAAAGCUUUAUACAACAAAAUUGCUAACCAAUUUGAAGCUUGCUGCUUUAUAUCAAAAGUUAGGGAAACUUCAAAGCAAUUCAAUGGCCUUGUUCAACUACAGGAAAACCUACUCCAUGAGAUCUUAAAGGAAAAUCUAAAAGUUGGCAAUCUUGACAGAGGAAUCAACAUCAUAAAGCAUAGACUGUGUUCACAGAAAGUUCUUAUAGCUCUUGACGAUGUGGAUAAGCUUGAGCAAUUAGGAGCAUUGGUUGGUGGGCGUGAUUGGUUUGGCCCUGGUAGUAUAAUUAUUGUGACAACAAGAAACAACCAUUUACUUUCUAUCCAUGAAUUUGAUCAAAAGUAUGGUAUUCAAGGAAUGAAUCAUGAUGAUGCCCUUGAACUUUUUAGUUGGCAUGCUUUUAAGAAAAGUCAUCCACCAAGUGCUUACGUAGACCUUUCAAAACGUGCUACAAGUUAUUGUAAAGGUCAUCCUUUGGCUCUUGUUGUUUUGGGUUCUUUCCUUUGUACUAGAGACGACGAAGCAGAAUGGAGAAGUAUAUUAGAUGAAUUUGAAAACUCUCUAAGCAAAGAUAUAAGUGAUAUCCUUCGUAUAAGUUUUGAUGGGCUUGAAGAAAAAGUAAAGGAGAUUUUCCUUGAUAUUUCUUGUUUCUUAGUGGGAGAGAAAGUUGAAUACGUUAAGAAUAUUUUAAACGCAUGUCAUUUCAAUGCAGAUUUUGGAAUUAUAGUCCUCAUAGAUCUUUCACUUGUAACGGUUGAAUAUAACAAGGUGCAAAUGCAUGAUUUAGUACGACACAUGACUCAUAAAAUAGUCAAUGGUGAAUCUUUUGAGCCUGGAAAAAGGAGUAGAUUGUGGUUGGUACAAGACGUUUUGAAGGUAUUUGCGGAUAACUCAGGAACUGAUGCAAUUAGAGCCAUAAAGUUGGAGUUGCCUAAUCCCACAAAGCUGGAGGUGAAUCCACGAGCGUUAAGAAACAUGAAAAAUCUAAGAUUGCUUAUCGUUCAAAAUGCAAGAUUUUCUACAAAUCUUAAAUGUCUGCCAGAUAACUUACGGUGGAUUGAGUGGCAUGGAUUUACUCAAGAAUCUUUGCCAUCCUGCUUUAUUACAAAAAAUCUCGUUGGAUUAAAUUUGCAACAUAGCCUCAUCAAAAAUUUGGACAAAGUAUUUAAGGAUGGUACAAGAUUGAAGGUUGUUGAUCUUAGUUACUCUACUUCGUCAGAAAAAUUUCCCAACUUCUCUGCAUUAUCAAGUCUUGAAGAAUUGUAUUUAAUAGAAUGUACAAGUUUAAGAAAAAUUCCCGAAUCUAUUGGAUCUUUGAAUAAGCUUGUUAUCUUAGAUCUUAGAUAUUGUUCAAACAUUAAAAAGCUUCCAAGCUACCUCAUGUUGGACUCUCUCGAAAUUUUGAACCUUAGUUACUGCAAAAGACUUGAAGGACUUUCGAACUUCUCAACAAUAUCAAACCUUAAAGGGUUGUAUCUCAAUAACUGUACAAAUUUAAGAGUGAUUCACGAGUCUGUUGGAUCUUUGGAUAGUCUUGUCGACUUAAAUCUUGCACAAUGCACUAAACUUGAAAAACUUCCGAGCUACUUGAGAAUAAAGUCCCUUAAAUUUUUAAAUCUCUCCGGCUGCUGUAAGCUUAAAAUGUUUCCAGAAUUUGAUGAAAGCAUGACAUCUUUAAAUGUGUUGAAUUUAGAUUUUACGGCCAUAAAGGAGCUACCUUCAUCAAUUGGAUACCUUACUGAACUUCUUUCGUUAAACCUUCACGGUUGCACAAACCUCAUCUCUUUUCAUAGUACAGUUCAUAGAAACUUCUUCGAGUUUAAAGUAAAGCCUAUGUUUUUCCAUCUCGCUUUUCUGAAUCUUGAAAAUUGCAACAUGUCAAAUGCCAAUUUUUUGAAAACUUUAUGUCAUGUCACCCGUUUGUUACAUAGUCUAAACUUGUCGAGAAACAAAUUCUCUAGUCUACCUUCAUGUCUCCAUAAGUUCACGACCUUACAGAAUCUCAUAUUGAGGAAUUGCAAAUUUCUUCAAAAAAUUUCAAGCCUCCCUCCACAUAUAGAAAGAAUGGAUGCCACUGGUUGUGAAUCGUUGGCUAGAUGUCACAACUUUGUAGAUAUGCUAUCAAGCAAGCAGGUCAUUAAAGGCAUUCAGAGACAUUUCAUUAUAAUGAACGGAGAAAUUCCAGAAAAGUUCUAUCGAACGAUAUCAAAUCCAAUGAAGGUUAGCUUUCGACACUAUCCCAAUAUGGAAAGAACUUUAACUACCUAUGUUAUGUUCAAAGUGGACAGAAUGGAAAAGCUUCGAGAUCAAGGGCAUGCUGUAAUUUCCUUUAACAAAUGCUACAGCGAUCAAGACAAAUUUUCUUUUAAUAGAGAAUUUCCAUCGUCAACAUCAGAAUAUAUGUGGUUAAUAUCAAUUACUUCAAAUAUCAGUACUUCAUCGGUUGCCAAUGGUUGGAAUCAUGUUAUAGUUUGGUUUGACGUUUUGAAAUGCUUUGCAGCUACUGUAACUAUAAAAAAUUGUGGUAUCCAUCUCACUGAUGAGAUCCAUGGGAUACAAAAUGAUGAUAUUAGGGGGCCAGGGGUUAUCUAUACAGAUUUUGAUCGACUCAAGGAAUUGGUAAGUGAUGAGUGAGCUUACAUCCUUGCCAAAUUUAUUGGUUGGCUUCUUGUGUUAUUAGGUUACUUUUAU